AUGAGCGAUGGCGUCGCUUACGUUGUGCCCUUGCAGGAAUUCGUAGUACACGAUGGUGAUGCUAGAGCCAGCGAUGACGGCGGCUAUUCGGAUGCAAACAGCACAAGCCGAAAGAAAAAGACACGCACCGUCUUUAGCAGGCACCAGGUAUCUCAACUGGAACUCAUGUUCGAUAUGAAGCGUUAUCUCAGCAGUCAGGAAAGAGCUCAUCUUGCUCAAAAACUUCGUCUUACCGAGACGCAGGUAAAAAUUUGGUUUCAAAAUCGACGUAACAAAUUCAAAAGACAAGCUGCUACUGAUGAUCCUACGGUGUCACUUCAACUGCAUCGCGGAAACAUGUUCGGUCAUUCAUUGCCAACAACCGAAAGAAUCCAAACAAUUUCAUCAAGUAUCAACGAUGCAGAAAGACUUCGCCUUCUGGUUGGAUGCCACAAGCUGCAUAGCAAUGACGUCCGCAGUUACAUGAGAACGGUUAAAAACCUCCUCAAGCGCAACCGUUUGAGACACAUUGAACCAUAA